UAAAAGAUGCAUUUUGAGAGAAAUAGAAAAAAAUAGGACUCGAACGAUCAGUCGAGACAUACCGAGAGGGAAAGGCGACGCUUGGAUUGUUCAAAAACAAUUUAACACGAGAUAUGGCGAGCCAUGGUCGCCAGUCCUCAGACACGAGAUUUGGAGCAAUGGGCCGUGAAAGAGGCGGUGAGAGGGAGAGAGACCGGGAUAGAGACCGUGACAGAUACCACCGUCAUAGAUCACACUCUCGGGAACGAGACCCAUCUAGACGAGACCGAGAGAGGGAGCGAGAUCGUCGUGAUAGAAGAAGCCGUUCCAGGUCCCGUUCUAGGUCAAGAUCUCCACGAGGAAACCGCCGAAGGUCACCUGUGUAUAUGGCUGGGCCAUCAGGGAAGCACGAUGAAGCUCCAAUGGAAGAAUUAACUGCAGAAGAGAAGCAAAUGGCAGAAGUUAUGGGUUUUGCAUCAUUUCACACCACCAAAGGAAGGUUGUUUUUUAGUGUAUGGGGAGCAACUUGUAGUGAUGGUAAGAAGCACGAAGAACUUCCUGAUUAUGAAGAGUACAAAGAGUGGUUGAACAAAAAAAUGGAAAUUAGAUAUGCUGAGAAGGAAAAGGAAUUUGCAGAAAUGAAAGCACAAUAUAUGAAGGAGCGAGAAGAGCGUCAAAGAAGGCUUGAUGAAGGAAGACGGGCAAAUUUUGAAAGAAGAUCUCGAGAAAGUGGAUACAGAGAUGAGAGGUCAAGCCGUUCUCCAAGAAGAAGGCACGAUAGAGACUAUGACCCCCUGGACAGAUAUAGGAGCCGUGACAGUGACAGAAGCAGGCCAUACAGUAGUGACAGUGAGAGGCCCUACAGCAGCGACAGAGAUAGGUUCUAUGGCAGUGAUAGAGACGGACCCUACAGCAGUGACAGAGACAAACCCUACAGCAGUGACAGAGACAGACUCUACAGCAAUGACAGAGACAAACCCUACAACAGUGACAGAGACAGGCCCUACAGCGAUGACAGAGAUAGGCUGUACAGUAGUGAAAGAAACAGACCAUUCAACAGUGACAGAGGCAGGGAUCAGGAUCCAAUUAGCAGUUACAGUAGCAGAGACAGGAGUCCCAGGCCAAGUGGCAGAGGUUUUGGUGGAACGUCACACAAUUUCAAUUAUCCUAUGCGCAGAGAUAGCAGCAUGGAAAGGGUACUGGAUCAUAAGCCAUCCAUACUUGGAAUGAAAAGAUCGUAUGACUUUUAAAGAAACAAAGAAGCAUCACCCCCAAGAAACCUUAACAGUGACUUCCAUCAUGAGAGGACCUUUAGUUAAAGGUCUUGUACCAGCAAUGUAUGAUACUGUUUUAGUGAAGAAACUCAUGUUCUUAUGGAAUUCUUCUGUGCAAAUUGUUUUUGUUUAUAAUCAUUGUAUUUUUAUACAUUAUUUCUCUCCCUCUCUCUUCUAGGCUCCCUCAUCCAUUCUUUCAAUAGAGUCAAAAGCUAUUUUUGUUAUCAUCAGUUUUGUCAUAAUGGUAAUAAUUUUCUUUCAUCUAAAGUGUUGGUAUGUUAGUGGUUAGGUUAUAGUUCCUUAGUACCCUGUUUUUUCAUAUUUUUUAUUUUUUCUUACUUUCAUUAUUGCUACUGCACGUUUUAAAAUUUUAAAUGUAGCAUAAUUAGGUUUAUAAAAUCUAAUGAAUUCUUUGGUGAUUUUUGAUACCAGCCUAGAGCAUUAUUUUUACAUCAACUCAAAUAAUUGCCACAUAAAUCAUAAAUUUGUAUCAUAAAGACAGACAGGAUAAUUUGAUACUAGUCAAAGGCUGUACUACUUGACUUCACAUUUGUUUUGUAAAAGCAUCUGAUUGGUUCAUAUAACAUAAAUACAGCUCUUAAUUUUUUUUUUAAAUCUUUCCUUAUUAAUGACAAUAAUAAAAGGGUGCACCGGACUAUCAUACAAUGUCAGCACUUAUGCAGUGCAGUAUUAUUCACAGUGUUAACCCAGUGCUGCAGGGGAUGGCAUGUACUCAUAUGCCAUGCCCACAGUGAGUUUAAUUUAUUAAUUGUAUUUACACAUAGAUUGCUCCAACAAGUGGUUAGUCACAAAUGAGCCAAUCACUAGUCUGACCUAUCUUAUCUGUUAACCAUUUUCCUUGAUUUUUGGAAAUAUUUGACUUUAUUUUAUAUUGUUAUUAGUAUUGUUAAAAACACUGUAGUAAUGAUAAUGUAAAUAAUUGACCCCUUGGUGGCAGAACACUUGUGGAACUAUUGAAGUGUAGAUAUAUUUCACAAAACAAUAUUACAGUGAACAUCUCAUUUUCCAGGCCGCUUUGGGUUAAUGGUCUUUUUGAAUACAUCCAUAUUUUAAAGUUGUUUUUUAAAGAAGUAAAUGGUGGUCCCAUUUGAAUAUGAUGUAAUGAAUGUGGCAGGUUUGAUAUCCAUAAACAAUAAUGAUUUUAAGAAAUGGUUACCUCUAAGCUCAAACAGUUAGCAAGUCUUAAUCCAAUGCUGACAGCUGAUUUCUCAAUACACAAGCCCUCUCUCCCAGGUUGUAGCCCAGGCCGCACUGCCAGGGGAUCGUGUCGUCACCCUACAUGCUGAUAUAUCUUUUCCUUGUGUUUUUAGUUUUUUUUUCUAAUGCUAUUAAUUGGGAUAUUAUUAUUGUUGACAUUGAUUGUUAUAAUAGUAUUAACAAUAAUAAUAGCAAUAAAGAUUUUUUUUCCAAAAUUCAAGGAAAAGGGUCAACAGGUGAGCUAGGUAGGACAAGUAUUUGACUCAUUGGUGACAAACCACUUGUGGAGCAACUUAUGUGCAAAGACAAUCAAUAAACAAAAAGACAGUGGGCCUGGAAUGUAUUCUUGCUAUCCUGGCAACUGUGAGUUAAGUAACAUAGCCUCCUGAAGAGUGCAUAUUUGCUGUGUUGCAGCCAUUCUAAAGGUCAUAACUUUGUUCAUGGGCCUUACCUCUUUUGUGGUAGAAGAGAUGACAGAGGAUCUUUUAAGUCCAUAAUUUAUUGUUUAGAUAUCUCUUAUUAUUGGUAAGAUCAGUAAGUUAAUUGUUAGCUACAUGUGCAAUACUGGUAAGUAAAAUUGAAGACAUAAAAUGGCUAAGGAAUGUUUUUCAGAAACACUUAACUGUUAACACAUGGCUAAAUCAUUGAAACAUUGGAAAGGCUGAAUUAUUCUUUAUAAACAUUAAUAUAUUGUAUGUAUUUUUUUUUUUUUUUUUUUUUUUUUUUUACAAAAUUUGGCUUUCUUUUUCUUUAUUUCUUUGUGGAUAUUCAGAAAUAAAUACUGUUUACAUUUAAAGUAUUCUUUGUUUAUGACUUUCAUUUCUAUAAAUUGAUCUAGAUUUUUGUUCUUUAUAAACACACCCUGCAGUUCAUGUGUGUGCAAUUACAGUAUGAUGGUAUUGUAAUUGUGGCUACAAAGUUCAGCAUUAGGAUAUGGAAAACUGUCUGUGGACCUGUAAAUUCAUUCAUAUAAUCUUUUUAGUUGUUAAACAUCGUAAUUUGUGUAAAGGGUCUAUAGAUAAGAAUGUUUAAUUAGAUUUGUCUGUAUUUGGAUUUAAUUUUAAGAAGUAAAAUGUUUUCUGCAAAAGGAGGUCUUUUUACUUUAAGAAAUGAGUAAUGUGUUUACAUAAAGGAAGGAAGUGCUUGCAGCUCACUGACAUGGGCAUUAUCAUGGUAAUAUUACUAAAAUACCAGCUUCAGUUUGAGGAAAAAUGAUUUAUGACUAGGUGAUAUGCUAACAAGAGAGCAUGGGUGGACAUAAUUAAAUUAGUGGUGUUUUUUGUAAACCUUACAUUUAUCUUAAACUUUGAGUUGAAUAGGUGUUUUACUGUAAUAUUUUCAGUUUAAUAAAAGAUCAAGAAUUUA